AUGGACCAAGCUUGGAUCGUAGCUAUGGAUGCCAAUACGAAUCAAAUGGCUGGUACUUGCGCCACUCUGAUGAACGAAAUCAAAGGUUGCUGCCGGGCUCAUGCUGGUCACAAUUCCAGUAGGUUUCCAAUCGACGGUAUUUGGUCCUCGCUGGAUCUUCGCCCGACUGCUGCCUUUUCGUGGCAGCCAGGGGACGGAGAUCACUCUUUAGCUGAAGUCCAUUGGGAAGUCCAAACGCAAAAGCCUGGACGCCAACAGUUCAGGUUUGCUCACACCAGGAAAAUGGCUGAACAGAAUUUUCCUUCUCAGCAGGAAGCUUGGGCUCUCAGCUGUACAUCAGACGAGAGAUGGACAGAGGUGCUCAGCAAUGUGGACCAGGCUUGGCUAGUUUGGUGUCAAGAUAUAGAAACGUGGCUGACCCGCAAUGGUAUUUUAGACCAAGGUCGACCUGAACGGCCACUGGGCUCAGCGCCCAGGGUUCAAACCAGCACUCAUGCUAUGGGCCCUUUGCAGCCCCUUGCUGAGCGGAAGCUCCGUCGCUGGAUUCGGCGUUUGCAAGAAGCUCGGAAGUUCAGUCACCUCGGGUACCAACUCAACCCGGGUUUGCAGAAAAAACUUGAAUCCACCAGGGAUGUGCCUGCUCCUGAAAAGCAGGCGGUCCGUCAAGCAGCUUUCGGUCUGGCAGAACGUUUAGCUCACGGCAGGUUCGCCCAGAUCCUUCAGACAUGUGAAAACAUUGGCCGUUGGCCCACGCAGGUGCGCCCCACUGCCUACCGCAUUUGGGCAGCCAUCAGACUUCAGCACUGCAAAUCUUUUGUGGAGGGUCUUCUGUGUCAAGAUCAGGCUGGGUGCAAUGGGUUAGCAGCGCAGGAUUUGUUACUCACCAUGGAAAACAAGUACCAAGCUCAGGAUUGGCCAUAUGCCAUGGCAUUAGACCUGCAGAAAGCUUUCGAUACCACCGACUGGACCGUGACUGAGGAGGAACAGAAACGUUCUGAUAAAGUGGCACAGGUCGCUCGUCGAAUAGCGCUCCUGCCCACAGCUAAGGCUUUCAGGAACUCGGUUGCAGUCAGCGUCUUGGCGCCCACUGCCUCCUGGGGAGCUCUUUUCAAUGGUCGGUGUCCGACAAAACAGGAAUGCCAGGCCUAUGCUCAGACCUGGCGAUGUGCAGUUCAAGGUUUUGAUCAUCCAGGGGGCCACGACUCUCGUGACCUCACAGCUGUAAUGGCUAUGGGCCACUGUUCUGACCUUUUGUUUCUAAGUACCCAACGGUUUAUGACGGCUCUUCAUAAGUGGGCGCUUCGUCCAAAUCAGAUCGCCAUCAAUUCAGCUCCUAUCAAAGCGUUGCAGGCUGCUGUCCAACGCCUGCAAGGUUCUUGGACUCCCGAGGUGUCAACAUUUGUUUCGCCAGCAUUGGCGUACAACGAGGUUCACCGCUUGGGUGCAAUCUGA